AAACGCCUGAAUUCGGUUUGUUUGUAUAAAGUGUGACAAACCAGAACUCUGGAACAUGCAGCUGAGGAGUGAAACCGGAUCACAGAGCGAGCAGAGGUCCUGCAGGAAGCAGGGAGGACAGACUGAGAGCAGCGCGCCAGGGCAGGGCGCCGCACCGGAGCGCAGCCUCCUCAGGUCCAAGGAACAGCUGGAGAAUUGUGUCUUGGCUGCCUUACUAUGGAGCAAUGGAGACCAGCUCAGUGCGAGUGAAGUGACAGACCCGAGCGCGCAGAUUCCGGCAUGUUUGGAUGGAAACGCCGCAGCUCCGGUUCUGCGCCUGGCAACCCCCGCGGAGCAGAUGCUGCCGUCAGGAUGAGUUGGGCUCCUCUUCUCAUCCUCACGUACUUUUCCGCUUUGAUGCAGAGCUGCAAAAGUGCUGACUCAGAGGAGCGUCUAAUGAACAUGCUGCUUGGAAAGCAUCGCUACAAUCCACUCAUUCGCCCAGCCAUUAACAGGACCGAGAGAGUUGAAGUAAAGCUGCAAGUGUCACUCGCACAGCUCAUCAGUGUGAAUGAAAGGGAGCAAAUCAUGACUACUAAUGUUUGGAUCACUCAGCAUUGGGUUGAUUACAGACUGUCAUGGGACCCUGCAAAAUAUGAAGGGAUUCAGAAACUGCGUAUUCCAUCCAGACAUGUUUGGCUGCCGGAUAUCGUUCUAUACAACAAUGCUGAUGGUAUUUAUGAAGUUACAGUCUUCACCAACGUCAUUGUCCUUUUCAAUGGCAGUGUCAACUGGCUCCCUCCAGCCAUCUAUAAAAGCGCCUGUAAGAUCGAAGUCAAGCACUUCCCCUUUGACCUGCAGAACUGCACCCUCAAGUUCCGCUCUUGGACAUAUGACCACACAGAGAUUGACCUGAUCCUGAAAUCUGAGGCAGCAAGCAUGGAUGACUUCACCCCGAGUGGUGAGUGGGACAUCAUUGCUCUGCCCGGCCGACGGACAGUCAACCCCACGGAUCCCACCUAUGUAGACCUGACUUAUGACUUCAUUAUCAAGAGGAAGCCCCUUUUCUAUACCAUAAAUCUAAUCAUUCCAUGCAUUUUGAUCACCUCUCUGGCCAUUUUGGUGUUCUACCUGCCUUCAGACUGUGGAGAGAAGAUGACUCUCUGUAUUUCUGUCCUCCUGGCACUUACAGUGUUCCUGCUUUUAAUUUCAAAGAUUGUUCCUCCUACGUCACUCGAUGUUCCCCUGAUUGGAAAGUACCUGAUGUUCACCAUGGUACUGGUGACCUUCUCCAUUAUCACAAGUGUUUGCGUGCUCAAUGUUCACCACCGCUCUCCAAGUACCCAUACCAUGCCUUCCUGGGUCAAGCUAAUAUUUCUUAAGAAACUGCCUGCUUUGCUGUUCAUGAAACGGCCCAAUAACUUCUCUGGCUGCCAAAGACUGCGUCAGCAGCGCUGCCUAAGAGCCAGAAGAUCCAUAUUGGGUCUGGACUACCCAAACGCUUCCAAAGCUUGUUUCACCUUGUCGUCCUCUGCUCUACUACCCUCUGACUCUGCCUUUUCCACUCCAAGACACAAAAAUCUAGCUCCUACCAUGGGGUAUGGCUUGUCACGCAGGAAGGGGGAUUUGAGCUCCUCUGAUUAUCCUCAUAUUAGUUUAACUCCCACCCAAGAUUAUCAGCAAAAAUGCAAAUCAGACUGGACAGCUGAUGUCAAAGAGGCCGUGAAAGGAGUACGCUUUGUGGCCGAGCACAUGAUGGCAGAUGACGAUGAUCAGAGUGUGAUAGAGGACUGGAAGUAUGUAGCCAUGGUGGUGGAUCGUAUGUUUCUGUGGAUCUUUGUGAUAGUUUGUGUUGUGGGGACCCUGGGCCUGUUUCUCCAGCCUCUCUUCCAGAGUCAGAUGAUUACCAGCCAGCAGCCCAGCUCGGACAAGCCUCGCAUCUGAUGGGCAUCCACAAAGACCACCUUCAGAGCUGUCAUUAACAUGUCUGUCAAACAGAUUAUUAUCAGAACAUCCGUGCCAAGAAAGGUUUACUUUUAACCGUGAAAAGGCUGGCAAAAAUGACACCAGAUUUGAGUCAGAAAAAGACAACGGAUCUUUACAUUUGUUUAAAUGUUACCCAUCAACACAAUUUGGCUUAAAAUAACAUUUUCCAUUCAAGGAGAUACUGCAGACCUAGAUGAAAUGUGGUUUCUCUGCCCCCAAGUGUAUUAAAGUGUUACACAAUUAUGUCUAAUAGGCAAAGGAAAGUCUGCUGUUGGAUGUUGUUUAACUGAUGUGCUCUUACCAUGUCAGUGUAAUACAAUAAAGACAAAAAGUGUCCUCUUUUACUCUGAUUAAAUGCAUAAAAUGUA